CUUCCAAAUCUAGAGGAAGGACCACCUAUGUUACUCGAACUCAGACACCCAUGUCGGACACAGGUAUAUCUAAGUGUCCGACUCGGCUAUUUUGUGAAAGUUUCAUGGUUUUGGUAAUGAAGUGUCCAGUGUCCAUACCCACGUCCGAAUGUCGAGAAUCCGACACGAGUACUUUUUGUAAAAUAACUAGUCCAAGUAACAUAGAGGGCUAUUAUAAACAUUUUGAUUGAAAACUAGGAAGUUGGCCUAUAGCAUCGUCUCUCAAAUGCAUAUUCUGCGCAAUGACAUUCGGGUCGAGUUAUGCUUGGAUUGAUGUAUGUCAUUUGCUACCUUGUUCCUUGUUAACAUAGAAACCUUAUAAAACUAUGCGAGGAAAGAUCGAAAGAGGCUCUUCGGUCGUAUGCUUCAGAACUCUAUCGAAAGAGGUUAUAUCGAGGGGUUGUGGCGAUAGCGUACAUAUACAGUUUAACCUGAAUUUAGUGUAGACCAAGUCCAUUUAAGAUAUAAUAAUCAAAAGCUUUAGCAAAAGGAACAUAAUACUGAAAUAAUGAUGUAGUAGUGGUUGCUUGCCCACCAAAGAUUGACCAAUGACCAUCUUGGUCAAUGGUCAUUCACUAUUGGUAAGUUUUUAAGUCAACUAUGGCAAAUUUGCCAAAAAGGACUUUUUAUAACUCAAAUUUUGCAAGAAAGGACCUUAUAUAAUUUUUUUUGUGAAAACACACCUUAAAGUAAUUUUUUUUGCGAGAAAGGACCUAAGGAAAGUUUCUAGCAUUGACUGAGCUUUUCCGGCCAUUAACUUGCACGUGAGCAGCACGUGUGGCUUACGUUAGCUAAAGACAAUGAUUUUCCCGACUCUUGAAUUUUCAAACUUGAUUUUAUUUCGGUUUUUUUUUUUCAACUUUAGGUUUUAAAGCUUAGAAUUUUGGAGGAAAAUUGGGUGUGAUAAGCAAAAUAAUGCCACACGUGCUUCUCACGUGCAAGUCAAUGGCCGGAAAAGCUCAGUCAAUGCCGGAAAUUUACUUUUGGUUGUCUUUCGCAAAAAAAAAUUACAUUAACGUGUGAUUUCACAAAAAAUAAAUUAUAUAAGGUCAUUUCUCGCAAAAAAAUUUACAUUAAGGUGUUAUUUCACAAAAAAAAUUAUAUAAGGUCCUUUCUCGCAAAAUUUGGGUUAUAAAAGGUCCUUUUUAACAAAUUUGCCUUUUUGGAAAUUUUGAGCAAACCAUUCAGAAUUCAAGUUCAGUCAAAUUGUGAAUUUCAAUGAGAACAGAGACCAAUCCUUGACACUUUAGAAAGACGCCACGUGUACAUCAUGCCAGCAUGGGUUUUUCGUAAGAUGAAAGCUGCAAACUCCAAAGGAUGAACAAACUGAGAUAAAUCAGUGAGUGAGUGAAACAGAGAAUAUCAGAAAAUGACUUCAGAUAAAUCAAUGGAAGCAACCAACAAUUCAAUCAAUUCUCCUCCAUCAACCCAAAGGUUAUCGGGAAAAGUGGCACUAGUAACCGGAGGAGCCACCGGAAUAGGGGAAAGCAUCGUGCGAGUACUCCACAGUCAUGGUGCAAAAGUAUGUUUUGUAGACAUAAACAAUGAGGCCGGUAAACACCUCUCUGAUUCCCUCGAAGGUGAUUCGAAGAUCCGUUUCAUACACUGUGAUGUUAGUAAAGAAGACGAUGUUCGUCGUGCUGUCGACUUCACAGUAGAAAAAUUUGGCACCCUUGAUAUUAUGGUCAACAAUGCAGGGAUUGCAGGUCCUCCCUGCAACGAUAUUCGUAACGUGAAACUCUCCGAUUUCGAGAAGACGUUAGACGUAAACGUGAAGGGUGUUUUCCUGGGGAUGAAACAUGCUGCUAGAGUAAUGAUCCCAUCAAAAACAAAAGGCUCCAUAAUCUCAAUCUCAAGUGUUGCGAGCAUUGUAGGGGGCGUAGGCCCGCACGCGUACACCGGGUCGAAACACGCUGUUUCGGGCUUAACAAAGAGCGUGGCGGGUGAGCUCGGGUUGUACGGGAUACGGGUCAAUUGCGUGUCUCCCUACGCGGUUGCAACGAGCAUGACCGUGGCGCAUUUGCCCGAGGAAGAGAGGACCGAGGAAGCGUUGGCCGGUGUUCGGGCCUUCGGGGCCGAAAACGCGAAUAUGAAAGGGGUGGUGUUGAGUGUUGAGGAUGUUGCGAAUUGUGUGUUGUUUUUGGCGAGUGAUGAGGCGAGGUAUGUAAGUGGGGAUAAUCUUGUGGUUGAUGGAGGGUUUGCAGUUGUGAAUCACUCCCUAAAAGUGUUCAGAUGAUUUAUGUCGUUUCUUCUGUUCUCUAAUAGUUGCAACGUUUUGACUUUCAAUUCUUCUGGAAUAUGUAGUUUCAGAAUAUUUGAUUGUUCAUUACACUUCUUAUUGAAGUGAUUAAUAACUUAGUUGAUGAUUCAAAUAGUGCACGCAUGGUUAUAAAAUCAG